CACCCUUAGGACUUCACGUCGCGUCGCAUCGCAUUGCAUUACCGAUCGCGGUCGCAUAGACUGUCUAUUGAUACUGACGCAGUCGCGUGUGCAGUGCGCGCAGCCCUCAGGUGCAAUUGAAGUGGCGCAGUGCUCUGCGCGACACGCCCACACCUGUACGCGGUCGAGGUCGACGAGACGAAAUGCCCCCGGCAGCGAGCGAGAGCGGGUCUGAUGACCUCGAUGCUAUCCCCGCCAAGGCCAUAGCCUCCAAGGAUGAUCCCAUGCAGGAUGGAGAGGAUGGAGAGGAUGAGGAGGAAGAGGGUGAAUACCAGGUGGAGAAAAUUGUAGAACACAACUUUGUCAAAGGCAAGGUAAUCUACAAGGUCAAGUGGCUUGGUUGGGAUGCGGAGGAUGACCAGACUUGGGAACCCGUUGAGAAUCUUGAGGGCGCGAAAGAGUUCCUUAGUGCAUAUCAUCGAGCCAUCGGCGGAACACCAGAACCACCCGCAAAGGGUAAGAAGCCAACCAAGGCAUCUCUCGGCAAACGGAAUUCCACCCAAGCAGAUCUCGACUCGCCCGCACCAUCCAGCAGCAAGAAAGGCCGAGGACGAAAGUCUGAUGCCAACGGUACUUCUGCAGUAGACACUUUCCCUGUUGGCAGCUGGGAGGAGCAUGUCUCCGCGGUUGCGGCCAUUGUCGAAAGCGAAGAAGUCGGCCUCACCAAGGGAAAGAAGGACGUCCAAUCUCUAGAAGGUCUUCUCGAGUGGAACGACGGGCGUAAGACGCAACACAAGAUGGCUCUCCUUCGACAAAAAUGUCCGCAACGAUUACUGGAUUACUACGAAUCUCACCUUGUCUUCCAGGGCGAUCCGAGGUAUGUGUCGUAAUCGGCAUGGAAAGAUCCGCGUGAGGGCAUGCAAGUCCAGUGCAAAUUCCUUGCAAAUAUCAGGACACCUCUGGCUAAAAGAAAGCGGCCUGCAAGAUGGUCAGUAGGAGGCGUGACUGGAGUUUACAAAUUCACAUUCGAACGCGAUUAGUACUUGUCUCUUUUUGCUCAGGAUAAGUAGGGCACGAAAUGUAUUUUGACACUGCUGAGCCCGUUACAGGCCGUUUGCGCGUCUCUGCUG